ACCUAAGAAUACCCCACCUCAAUUUUUCUAGAAGUUAAAUCCACAAGGCUAACCAAUGAAUUGAGUUAUUUUCCCUUGUCACCAGUUUCCAUCACUUCCAUGAAUACUCCUAGUUGUGGAUUUCAAAGAGAAGGCAGCAGUCAACAGUUGGGAUAAGGAGUUUCGACCGUUGCGCUAUUAUUUAAUAAUCAACUAAUUCCCCACUAGUCGUUUGCUGUUUUCUGAGGAAUCCAACAAUUACGAUCAAUCUAGUCUGACGGGAUAUUAAUUGACCUGCUUAUCUCUAAGAGGGGCAUAUCAAUCUCAUCGAUAUUACUAAUUUCACGAAGCUCUCCAAAAGCAAAACUACUUCUAUUUCUUCCUUAAUAACCAAGAUGGAUUUUGAUUGGUCUACACCUUUCCCGGAAGGGGUCAUAUCCUUCCUUGAUACUGACUUGUAUAAGCUAACUAUGCAAUGUGCCGUCUUCAAAUAUUACCCUGAUGUACCUGUCACCUAUGCCUUCACCAACCGCACUCCCGAGAAGAAACUCUCACGCAAGGCUUUCUCGUGGCUUUGCGAGCAGAUUAGCAAGCUCGGUAACAUAUCACUGUCCGACGAUGAACUCCGAUACUUGCAAACGCAUUGCAAAUAUCUCACCCCUCCUUACCUAGCCUUCUUGAAAGAAUUCCGUCUGAAACCCCGUGAGCAACUCAAUCCGACUUUCGUUCCCGUAGGAGCAGAUACCGGAGCCGAUGACGAACUAGGUGAUGUUCACAUCGAAAUUCGCGGGAAAUGGGUGGACACUAUUCUCUAUGAGAUCCCUCUUCUAGCUCUGACGUCCGAGGCAUACUUCAAGUUUAUGGACAAGGACUGGAACUAUGAUGGACAAGAACAAAAAGCAUAUGAGAAAGGUAUACGCCUUCUUGAGGCAGGUUGCAUAUUCUCCGAGUUCGGAACCCGGAGACGACGCGACUAUCAUACCCAAGCGUUGGUCUUCAGGGGUUUAGUGAAAUCUAGUAAGGAGGGGGAGAAGCGCGGAUUGCCGGGUACUCUUUCAGGCACUAGUAACGUCCACCUAGCCAUGCGAUUCAACCUACCGCCAAUCGGAACCGUCGCGCACGAAUGGUUUAUGGGUAUCGCAGCCAUCACAAAUGACUAUACAGAGGCGACAGAGGAGGCUCUACGUCGAUGGGUUGGCUGCUUCGGCGAGGGUGUAUUAGGAAUAGCAUUGACCGAUACGUUUGGAACUCCGGAGUUUUUGAAGGCGUUUAGCAAACCCAUCAGAUAUCUCCCCGAUACUCCGAACAUACCACUCCUCGAUGAGGGUACUCGCCCUACAACUUCGUCCAGGACAUAUGCCGACGUCUAUGCCGGUGUACGUCAGGAUUCAGGUGACCCUGCGAACUUUGUUAAAUUGAUGCGCGAGUUCUACGACAAGCAAGGCAUCAAGGAUAAAAGGAAUAUUGUAUUCUCUGACUCGCUAGAUAUCGAUAGAUGUAUCGAGUAUAAGCGCGUAUCUGAGGAGCAAGGUUUUCAACCAACCUUUGGUGUUGGCACAUUCCUGACUAACGACUUCACUCAGCUGAGCACAGGCAAAAAGUCAGUACCACUCAAUAUUGUCAUAAAGUUGAGUUCUGCUGCCGGAAAUCCGGCCAUUAAAAUCAGUGAUAAUAUUGGGAAGAAUACAGGCGACUCAGCCAAGGUCGCAGAAGUCAAGAAGCUUUUGGGCUAUGUAGAGAAAGAAUGGGCGGGCGGAGACGAGACGUCGAGAUGGGGCAAGGCCGAUGACGUUACUAAACCUUGAAGGUAUUGUCAAUAUGGAUACGGAAAAUGUGCCGGCGCGCUUCCAGCUGCGAGUCAGUUAGGAGACGGCUGGUAACUGGGCCAUUUAGAUGGGAUACAUCGCCACCACCGUAGUGGUUCCUGAAUCGCGCUACGAUACCCAACUGAUCUCGAUUUUUAUUCUGGGCCCUCGAGAUUUGCAUCGGACCCUUAUGGACAUAGCUAGUCAAUUCG